AUGCCGACCGAAUUUGUGGCAGCAAAAGCAAAUAUCUCAUUCACAACGGUUUGGGUUCAUAUACUAGGGCUCCCUAUAGAAUAUUUCGACGAAACGAUCUUAGUGGAGAUUGGGAAAUUAAUAGGGACACCAUUAAAGGUGGAUAUCCAUACAGCAUGGACAACGAGAGGAAAAUUCGCAAGAAUCUGUGUCGAGAUUGAUUUGAACAAACCUUUAUUAUCGAAGGUUCGUAUAGGGAAAAAGAUCUUUAACGUGGAAUACGAAGGCUUGCACGCAAUUUGUUUUCAAUGUGGAAUGGUAGGCCACAGAGCUUCGGGUUGUCCGAUAAGGUCUCCAGAAGAUACUCAGACGAGGGAAGAAAGGGAGGAUCCCCCUCGACAAGAGGAACAACAAAAUCAGGAGGAGGUUAAGGAACCAGAAAACAUUCCAGCGAAAAAAGAAUUGAGCAAAGAUCUCAAUAAAGAAAGAUUUGGUCCAUGGAUGUUGGUGCAAAGGAAACAAAGGGGGACACGGCGAAAUAGCAAGAAUAAAGGGACCUCACAACAAGAUAACCGGCAUGGGAAUAGAUUUGCAGCACUGAAUAACGCCAAUCCAGAGGAAAUCAAUACUGAGAUAGAGAUAACGGACCACGAACAAGAGAAAAAUAGGGACACACCAUACACAAGUAAGAUAAUAUCAAGAGCUAGCAAGAAUGAAGGAGGUAAGCCACCAAACCAACCGGCUAAAACAGUCCAGAGUGAAAGAAAUGUAGAAAACACAGGCAAUGAGGCGGUAAGAUGGGGAAAAUCACCUGUAAAAGAUGUAAUGACUAUUGAUCCAGAGAAUGGAACUUUUAGACAAGAAGUAGAUAUACAAAGAAGUCACACAAAUCCAAAUCAGAGGGACACGAAUAUGGAUAUCCAAUCGUUGGAAAUUCAAGUAGAAAAUAUGAUCACCCAAUGA